AUGGCCGCAAGGGAACUCAUAGUCGUUUUUCUGAAUCACACGAACGAGGAGCUGAACAUCGAGCCUGAAUCCCCAAGUCUAGAUCAUGGCGACUGGAUGGAAACUUCCGAAGCCCGGCCGCCACAAGAGAUACGAGCAGGCGAAAGUGGCAUGCUGCGAUGCAAGUCUAGCCGCAUGUACGGUGCCAUCAACGGAUCUGUUUCUUACCGAGUGGUUGGUGUGGAGAUGAACAACAAGGUGACCAUCUCGUGGAGUAUACCCCAUGUUGGGCCAAACAAAUAUGACUGGUCUUGCCCACAAGAUCUUUUCAAUAUUAAGGUUUUCGGUGGGCGGGGAAAUCAAGCUGUUGCUGUGUUUGUACUUGAACCCGUCAAAGACACGGAUGCAAAGUUGGAUGAUGGUGUGUUUGGUGCCAUACAUUGA